GCCACUACUUGUUACAUGACAAUAAUGCCGGGCACUUUAGAAGGCCAAAAGCAUAUAUCAGUAUUCGAAACAACAUUAUCGAUACAACAAAACACAUUAUCUGUAUUUAACAUUAUUAUUCAAAGUUCUCAGUCAACAGUAUCUUUGAUUCGAUAUCCUUUCGAUCUUAUCGAGUUUCAUCAAAAGAUUCGUUUUCAUUACCCUAAAUGCAAAGUCUCUUUCCCAACAUUAAGCAACCCUUCAAAAAAAAAGAGCCAAGAGCAGCAACGAAACCUGCGUUACCUGAAACGUCGAUCAUUUCGUGACCUCUUACCUUUUCCUCGCAAAAAAUCAAACGCCGACAAAAUAGAAAGAUAUUUAGAGAGGUGCUUUGGGCAUCCUAUUAUUAGCAUUUCGUCGAUACUUCGGGAUUUCACUAGUGUUCAGCGAGACGAAGAUGCAUUAUUAACAUCUCAACACACAUCAACAACACUUAUAUCCACAAUUCAUAAAUUAACCACAGAAUUUAAACAACAAAAAAAAGUUGUAUCUCCUCUCCCAGUCUCCAUGAAAGAUUUUAAAUUGCUACAAGUGCUGGGAAAGGGAUGUAUGGGCAAGGUAGUUUUGCUUGUAAGAUCGAAAAGAGAUGGGCAAUUAUAUGCUUUAAAGUCUAUCAAGAAAAAUUGGGUCAUUCAACAAAAGGAAAUUGUUCACACACGUGCAGAGCGAGACAUCCUUGUUCUGUUACGGGAUCAACCCUUUCUUGUAAAUUUACAUCAUGUAUUUCAAGACCCCUCCCAGCUGUUUCUCGUGUUAGAUUAUUAUGCCGGAGGUGAUAUUGCAACGCAACUAUCUAUUAUGUCCAGCUUUGGUGAGGAUAGAACAAGGUUCUAUGCUGCUGAGAUUAUCCAUGGCCUCGGUAUAUUACAUCAAUACGGCAUUGUUUAUCGAGAUUUAAAACCGGAAAAUGUAUUGAUUGGUCGAGAUGGCCACAUAGUCCUAACUGAUUUUGGCUUGUCCAAAAUUUUCUCAGUCGAUGACGUGGAUGAAGAAAAUGUACCUACAACACAAACAUUUUGCGGUACUGCUGAAUAUCUGGCUCCGGAAAUCCUACUUGGUGAACGUUAUACGUUUGUUGUUGAUUUUUGGAGUUUAGGUACACUUCUGUUUGAGAUGUUGGCAGGAACAACGCCAUUUUGGGCAGAUACACAUAUGGAAAUGUACAAAAGGGUACUUGAAGAUAACCUGGAAUUCCCAUCUCGUUUUGAUCCUAUUACUUGUAACUUUUUGACAGGACUUCUAGAAAAGGAAGCCUGCGAGAGAUUAGGUUGGGGUGAGGAUGGUAUUGAAGAUAUCAAAUCACACCCUUAUUUCGAGUCCAUUGAUUGGAACAUUGUUGCUCAGCGUAAAAUGAUUCCACCUUAUAUCCCAUCGAUUAAAAAUGAGACGGAUUUAUCGAACUUUGACGAGAUGUUUACUAAUAUGCCGCCUCGUAUAAGUCAGUCGUCAUAUACUGGAUCAAAUUUGGAAGGUGAUCCUUUCGAAGAUUUUUCGUAUGAUCCAAUAAUAUUUUCCAGCACCGGUCACAAUGACACGGUAGUACCGGAACCAGUCAAUCAAGGUAGAAUGAGGAAAAGACACAGUGCAGCACUUUCUUUCAACGCAACAGGUGAGCCAUCAAGUUCAGGGUCAAAUCAACUUUUUGAAGAUAACCGAGCUAUUAAAAAAAGGCAAACAACCAGUCAGCACAAAAUGUCGCAUAGUUCAUUAGCUGACCUAGUUACAUCACCUUCUAUAUCCAGUCUUGGUGAUAUUAUACACCGCGAGGAGGAUGAAGAGGAGGCGUCUUCUAUUUACUCAAGAUCUUCCCUUACAUUUUCAUUCGGAGCACAAGUCACUACAGCCACUAGGGCAGGCAGUGAGCUUAGUCUCGAUGAGGAAAUCAGCAAUACAACAAUGCACCAUUUUUUUAACAAUGGACAUCAACCGGAACAAUGCAUUUCACAACAAUCCUCACCCUAUGAAAGACCAAAUUGUCCCAUUCCGGGCCAAUCCAGGAUCAAUAAUACACCACAUUCUAAUACUUCUACUUUAGCUAAUUCCAUGUGCUCAUAUUUAACAGUUGAUAAUAAUGAAGAAUUAACUAAUGUCGUACAACCCAAUUACUUCUCAUAUCAACAACAAGCAUCUUCAUCAUCCGCCUAAUUCUAUCAUUCAUACACUAUUAUCACCACUAAAAUACAUCAUUAUAACUCUUAUGUCUUUCAUUCAAUAUGACUCAAAUACCAUAUAUGUUUACAUUUAUUCAUAUAUCUAUACAAAAUCACUACAAUCACACAUCUUUACAUAUCUUCGCCUUUUUUUUUUUUUUUUUUACUCUUUUUUAUAUUAAUAACAAACAAGUAUCGAUUCUUGGUAAUAAAAAUAAAACUUGC